CAUUAACCCUAAAAGCAAUCUUUGACAUUCUUCCUCUGUCAGAAUUAUUAUUAUUAUUAGGAAGAAACAAAAGGUUCCAAUGGCUAGCAGAAAGCUCGUACGAGAUUGGUUUGUCUAUAAAAAUCCUUCUUUCCGGCGAAUAUUAGUUCCACCACAACAGGUGGUGAGGUUGAUUGGAGCAGAGAGGUAUGUGGGUAUUCGUCCUUAUACUGUAUUCAAUGAGUUCUCCAAACAGGUUAGAGGCGAAGUCUACAGAAAUCAAGAAUUCCAACGGUCUGUCAAGCAACUGAAGGAGAAAGCUGAGGAGUUGAAAGGGGUGAAAGAAGAUUUUAAAACAAGAAUGAAGCAGACAACGGGGACGCUUUACAAACAUGUGGAUGGUGUUUGGAUGGAGGCUGAAGCUACGACAAAAAAGGUCAAAGAUAGCUUUGGAGUGGGGAAGCAAGAAGCUCGGGGAUCAAGCGGUCACUAUGACACUUCUAGUCCAAAUAUCAAAGAGAGUAGUGAGUCUGCAUCUGCAAAAAAUCAACAUGAGCAACAAUCUGGUUCCAGUGAUAGUGCGGAAACAGUUUUUAGCAAGGUUAAAUCUGCUGCUUCAUCGAAAGUCUCGCCGUUCUUUCAGAAAAUAAAAGAAGCAAAACCUGUUGGAUUUACAAAGAAGGGCUACGACAUAAUAUUGGACGAGUUGAAAGGUACUCCUCGUGGUACGAGAAAGCACCUCGAGUAUUCUGCGCCCAUACAAGAAACUUCAUCAAACUUUGAGAGGAGUACAAGAACUGAUGUUGUUGUCUUACCAUCAAAGCAAUCAAAAUGGAAUAAGGAAUGGGAAACCUUCAAGGAAAAAAUGCAGGGUCACCCUCUUUCCAAGAGCUUCACUCUGAUUCUCAACAUUAUAGAAGAUAUUCGUGAGAGAAUUGAAACGAGUGAUAAUCCCGUUGUUCACAAACUCCAAGAUAUGUGUGCUAAUAUGGAUGGAGAAUCUUCAGCUGCAAUGUCAAUUAAAGAGAUUUACAGCAGAGAUCCGUCAUUCUCUUUGCCUGUAUUUGUUGAUGAGGUUCAAGAAAUGAUUCGACCAGUUCUUAACGCUUUCUUCAAAGGAGAUACAGAGGUGUUAAAGAAAUAUUGCAGCAAAGAGGAAAUUGAGCGGUGUAAAGCAGAGCAUCAAGCUUUUGAUAGCCAGGGUAUCAUUUUCGACAACAAGAUUUUACAUGUUUCGGAUAUUGAAGUGCGGGAGAAAAAAAUGAUGGGAGACAGUCCCUUAAUAAUUUUGGGGUUCAAGACGCAGAAGGUUUACUGCAUACGUGAUAAACUUGGUUCAAUUAAAGAAGGGGGAAAGGAUACAAUACACACUGUACACUAUGCUUGGGCUAUGCAACUAGGGGAAGACCGUGUAUGGAGGCUUAGAGAGAUGCAGCAAUUUGGUGUUGCAGCCCUUAUCUGAUCAAAACUUUUGUUUCAUCAAAGGACCGGAUAAUGUUGCUCCCCACGCCAAUGUUCAUGUUCUGGCACUGAUUUGUACAGAAUUUCUUAUUGCAAUAAAUAUAGAAGCAUAUACAUUACAAUUAUUAUACCUUUUUGUAAUUAAACAUUUUUAAAUUAAA